UAUGUUUUGAUCUGUUAUCAAUAAACAAAACACGGCAAUUCUGUGAACUUUUAAUUUUGCCCCCAAGAAUUCAGUGUUUUUUAGCAGUUUGCACUGAGGACAACCUUGUUUACAUCCAUUAACGUUUAUCUCUCUAAGUUUUGGAAAUAUUUAGCCAUCCAGUUGUUGUGCCAUUGUUUCUGAAGUCAAAGUCGGAAGGUGUUCGUGAUAUGAUUCAAGGAUUUACAACAUUAAUUUGUUACUAUUGUACUAUAACUAGUAUAUUGUCAUGGCAAUCCUCAAGUUUUGUUCCACCAUUUUAAAACCACAAUUCACCCAAGUGUCACUUCUGUGCGUUGCACAAUUGAGCAAUCCUUUGGGGAUUAGUUAUGUCCGUCGCUUUGCUUGCAAAAGUAGCGGGCCACCAUGGCGAAUUCUAUUUUUUGGCUCUGAUGACUUUGCCUUAAAAAGUCUUCAAGCUUUGUGCUCAAAAUAUCGAACUGAAACAUUGAUCAGCAGACUGGGCGUUGUAACGGGCAACGAGAACAACAUGGUUGGAAAAUUUAUACAAGAUGAGAAAUUGGAUUUUUCACUUUGGCCAAUUGAAGAGAGUGCGGUGAAGGGAAAUUAUGAUUUGGGAAUUGUGGUUUCAUUCGGUCACCUCAUACCUGAAGAAAUAAUCAACUCUUUUCCUUUAGGAAUGAUAAACGCUCAUGCAAGUUUGCUGCCUAGAUGGAGAGGCUCAUCGCCAAUCACUUAUGCCUUAAUGAAUGGUGAUUCAGAAACAGGCGUCACUAUAAUGAAAGUUAGUCCAAAGAAGUUUGAUAGAGGUGAUAUAGUUCGACAGUACCGUUGUUCAAUUGCUGCCAAUGAAACCAACCCAAAACUUCGAGAGCGUCUAGCCCAACAUAGUGCUGACCUUCUGAUAGAGUGUGUACGGGACUUGCCAAAAUGUUUAGAUCAUUGUCACCCGCAACCCAAGGAUGGUGUUACCUAUGCUCCAAAAUUUGAUAAAAGUAUAUCAAGGAUUGAUUGGUCAUCCAUGACAUCCCGUGAUAUUCUCAACCUGCACCGAGCUUUGGGACACAUGUAUCCCCUUACUACGCAUUGGAAGGACUACCCUGUCAAGUUCCUCAGUUUCUCAAUCGACCCAAGUGACCCUACUGGCGAAAGAAUUGUGUCUUGUGAUUCUGAGUCAAUCAAAACAGCAUCAGCUCUUUCAUUUUUAAGUGUAAGUAAGAAAAAAGAUCAUAGCGUUGGAGUUGGAAAGUCAGCUGUAUCCUUCUUAAACUCAGAUGAAUCGAGAAAACGGGAAGUGGCAGCAAACAAUUCAGUUAAACCUGGUCUAGUCAGUUACAAUAAAAAACGGAAAGUCUUUUUUGUGGAGUGCUGUGAUGGCAGAAAAAUUGUCGUAGAUGCUUUAAAAGUUCCAGGUAAGAAACAGUUAUCUGCAGCUGAUUUUUAUAAUGGGUUUCUGUCCAAGGAGUCUGAUGAAUCAAAGUGGUAUUUUAGUGAUUAAAGGCAUCUCAAUGUUGCCAUAAAUUUUAGAUAAAAGAACUUGGCUGUGACUGUAUCUUUUUUUGUUCAAGUUAUUUGCAAUGAGUUUUUAUUUGUUGAAUGAAAACUAAGGAAUGGUAAAUUUAUCAAAAUAAAAUCAUGAUUUUGUCCAUCUCUCA